GGAGCUACUGGGCUGAUGGAGCCUGAGCUGCUGGACCUCCCCCUCGGGGUCAAGAUCCCUGUGGUGCCCGGCUCCAAGCCUGUCUUCAGCAGGGCAAAGCUGGGGGAAAAGCUUCACCGGCCCUCAGGCUAUUUUGACCUGGGCGAUCCCUACUGUCGCCUAACGAGCACAGAGUACAACAGCCUCCAUGACCCGCAUCUGCAGGCCUACUACAAACGCAAAGACAACCUCCGGAGGCUGAAGAAAGAGGGUUACGUCACCAGCGACGGCAAAGUAGGUUUGGGCGUCGCUGGGCUGGGAAAAACGGUUCCCUCCGCGCGGGGUUCCCUGAGCACAGAGGCGGCGUACGCACAGCAGCAGCUCCCCUCCCGCUGGGUUCGGGCUCUUUCGGGGAAGGCAGGCUGCGUAGCUGGCUUGACAGUGCUCGGGUGAUUUCUCCCCUCGUCUCUCCAUAGGUGGUUUGCACUCUGAAGGAGUUCAACGAGUACAGGCAGUAUCUGACCAGGCUCAAGCUGGAGGCAGAGAAAAUGGCCAGGCAAGAAAAGGUAGGCAAAGCGGAGUGCUGGCGGACACCUGUCAGCGGCACGGUGCC